CAGAUCUGUCGGAAACUUCGGCGCCAGGUUCAAUUCAGCUGCAGUGAACAACAGUAGCGUUUUUGAUGUUUUUCUUUUAGCGUAAACGGUUUGCGUUUUCUUUUCGCUAACGGACAUACGGAGGCUUGUGUGCCGUGAUGGAUUAUGGGAAGGAGAGAGUAGUGGCGUUAGUGGACAUGGACUGUUUCUACGUGCAAGUGGAGCAGAGGCUGAACCCGGCUUUGAAGAACACCGCCUGUGUGGUGGCUCAGUACAAGACGUGGAAAGGAGGCGGGAUCAUAGCUGUGAGCUACGAGGCCAGGGCGCAUGGCGUCACCAGGAACAUGUGGGUGGACGACGCCAAGACACUGUGCCCAGAUCUCCAGGUGGCACGUGUGCGCGAGUCUCACGGCAAGGCAGACCUAACACAUUACAGGGAUGCGAGUGUGGAGGUGAUUGAGGUGAUGUCCCGCUUCGCUGUGAUCGAGCGAGCCAGCAUUGACGAGGCUUAUAUGGAUCUGACGGCUGCGGUACAGCAGCGGCUGAAAAACAUGUCCGGCGCACAAAUCGACCCUUGCCUGCUGAGGGCGACGUAUGUCCAGGGUUAUCCACAAAGUAGAGCCGAAGUGGAAGCAUCUGCAGAGGAUCGUGUCCUGGAUAAAGAGGAGCAGAGAAGCAGAGGUCUCCAGGAGUGGCUCACAUCCUUACCUGUGCCUCAGUCGGGGGAACAGAGCAGUGCAGACCUGCAGCUGACAGUGGGGGCGCUCAUUGUGGAGGAAAUGCGAGCAGCCGUGGAGGAACACACAGGAUUCAGCUGUUCGGCGGGGAUUUCGCACAAUAAGGUACUGGCUAAACUUGCUUGUGGACUAAACAAACCGAACCGACAAACUGUUCUGCCUCUGGACUCGGUAACAGAACUGUUCAACUCUCUACCCGUCAGCAAGAUCCGUAAUCUGGGGGGAAAGCUUGGUGCCUCCAUUACAGAAACUAUGGGAGUGGAGAACAUGGGGGAUCUGACUCGCUUCUCUCAGGCCCAGCUGGGGAUGCACUUUGGAGACAAAACUGGCCCGUGGUUGUACGACUUGUGUCGGGGGAUUGAGUUUGAAGCAGUGAAACCCAGACAGCUUCCUAAAUCCAUCGGCUGCAGUAAAAACUUCCCUGGGAAGACGUCUCUGUCUACUAAAGACCAGGUCCAGUACUGGCUUCAUCAGCUGGCUCUUGAACUGGAAGAGAGACUGACCAAGGACAAAGAAGUGAACGGCCGAGUGGGGAAGCUCUUGACAGUCGGCGUGCGUCAGCUUGGGGAUAAGAAGCAGAGCAGCUUCUCCCGCUGUUGUGCUUUAGUUCGCUACGAAGCCAAUAAGUUAUCGAGUGACAGCUUUGCCAUUAUCAAGAGCCUCAACACAGCGGGAAACCAUCAGGCUACAUGGACUCCACCCCUCACCCUGCUACACCUGUCAGCCAGCAAAUUCAGCGACGCCCCUUCAGCAAAAGGGAUCGCUGGUUUCCUGUCCGGUGAUGUCACUUCAACCCAGAGCCCUUUCGCCACCACUCAAUCAUCCACCCAGGCUCCUCAUGGAGAGAAGAAUGACUCGGUGUGUAAAGAACCUGGCACCAUCCAGUCCUUCUUUCAAAAGGCAGCUGAUAAACAAAGAAAGAAGGUAGUGAAAGAAGAAGAAGAAGAAGAGGAGGAGGAUGAAGAAGAUGCCGUCAUCCCUGUGGAGAGUUCCUCCACCUUCCAUAAAACAUUCACGACUGAUAGUCAGUCAGAGACGGAUACCAACUGCUCAGCUUCCUCCAUCAAAAUUUCCUCACAAUCUAAAAUCAGCUCAACCAGCCCCUGUCCUGGCAUUUCCUCUUUCUUCCAGAAAAAAAGUCAUGAAAGAAAUCUACAGGCUUCAGCAUCAAGACCAAAAACAGGACAUGGAUGUGGGUCUAUCAGUAAAAUAGGUGUAAAAGAAUGUGUUGAUGUUCAGCCAGACUUGCAGGAAAAACUAACUGAGGAACUGCACAUUGAUACAGAGGAAACUCAUUCUCCUCCUCCGAGUGAGGCCAGAGAAGACUUUGUAAACUGUGAACGAUGUGGCCAGGAAGUGUCGGUGUGGGAGAUGCCUGAACACAACGACUAUCAUUUUGCUCUGGACCUCCAGAAUUCACUUUCCUCCAUCUCCUCCAUCUCCUCCUCCUCCUCCUCCUCAGUGUCUCCUCUCAGAGUGGCAGCGGAAGGCACGGCCCAGUCCAUGCGGGGCAAAACCAAAACCAGAGGCCUAUCAGGACCUCAACCGAAAAGACCUCGCUCCCAAGGCGGAAGUACGACCACCCUGGAUUCUUUUUUCAAGAGAAAGUGAAGAUGUGCUUUAGAAAAAUGUUUAAAGAAAUUGGCCCGAAAAGCCACUGUUCUACCAAAUGAUUGCUGUUGGAAACAUUUUCAAGUACAAAUGUAUGUACAAAUUAAAAUUGAUGUAUACUUUGUUUUAUACAGGACUGAAACUUUUCAAUGAAUCAAUCAAUCAGAUGUUUGGUCCAAUCACUUUUAUCCCAAACCCCAAAAUGAAGAUGUCAUCAAGCGUUUUGUUUCAUCCACAAAUAAAUAAAAAUAUUUAUUUUAC